CAGAAGUCUUUUUUUUUUUCAGUUGAUGAGUGCAAGUGUUUAGGACUAUGCGUAAGGUACUACUAGUGAGCUUCACACUUGCACUAUGCUUGAUAUUCACGUCGGAAACAACAGCACGGCAGCUCACUAGGCGUGAUGCUCCUCUUCCUUCCGGCGGUUAUUCCAACGGUCCUUCUUCACCACCAUCGUCCAGCUAUGGAGCUCCUCAAAGCGGAGGCGAUAGUUACUCAGGCGGAGGUGGAUUUGGAGGAGGCGGCGGAUUCGGAGGUGGAUUCGGCGGCGGAAGUGGAUUCGGAGGAGGUGGCGGAUUUGGAGGAGGCGGUGGUAACGGUUUUGGAAGUUUAAGUUCAAGUUACAGCGCACCACCAUCUUCUUCCUACGGCGCACCACCAUCGUCUUCCUACGGUGCGCCACCAUCGUCUUCCUACGGUGCACCACCAUCUUCUUUCAGUGCACCACCAUCUUCUUCCUACGGUGCACCACCAUCAUCUUCAUACGGCGCACCACCAUCAUCUUCCUACGGUGCACCACCAUCAUCUUCAUACGGCGCACCACCAUCAUCGUCCUACGGUGCACCACCAUCAUCUUCAUACAGUGCACCACCAUCGUCUUUUUACCGAUCAUCAUCAUCAUCUUACAACGCACCCCCAUCUUCUUCCUAUGGCGCACCAAAACCUUCAGCCUCUUAUGGAUCACCGCGACCAUCCUCCAGUUACGGAGCACCAAAACCUUCCUCGUCCUACGGCACACCAAAAAGACCUUCGUCUUCAUACGGGGCACCCAAACCUUCCUCUUCCUACGGAGCACCACAAAAACCCUCAUCUUCUUAUGGAGCACCUAAGCCUUCUUCUUCCUAUGGUGCACCAUCAAGACCUUCAUCUUCUUACGGAGCUCCAAGGCCAUCAUCAAGACCUUCUUCCUCUUACGGGGCACCUAAGCCGUCUUCUUCUUAUGGAGCACCUAGUAAUGGAGGAAGCAGUGGAUUCGGAGGAGGAUUUGGAGGCGGAUUUGGCGGUGGAUUUGACGGUGUAUUAGGAGGAGAUAUAGGAGGAUUUGGAUUCGGAGGUGGAUUUGGAGGAGGAGAUGGAUUUGGUCAAAACGGAGGCUCUUUAGGAAGUUACUUGCCACCAUCAACAAGUUAUGGUACACCAGUGGGUCCAUCUCGUCCAGCACCAAGUUCAUCGUACGGAGCUCCACCCGCAUCAGCACCAAGUUCGUCGUACGGUGCUCCCCCUGCAUCAGCGCCAAGUUCAUCGUACGGUGCCCCGCCUGCAUCAGCACCAAGCUCAUCGUACGGAGCUCCCCCUGCAUCGGCACCAAGCUCAUCGUACGGAGCUCCUCCUGCAUCGGCACCAAGUUCAUCGUACGGAGCUCCACGUGCAUCGGCACCAAGCUCAUCUUACGGAGCCCCACGUGCCUCAGCACCAAGUUCAUCGUACGGAGCUCCACCUGCACCAAGUUCUUCUUAUGGAGCCCCACCAGCACCGGUAUCAUCAUACGGAGUUCCUCCUGCGGGCCCAGUAUCUUCGGCGCCAAGUUCCUCAUAUGGAGCUCCUUCCGGAGGAGGCGGUGGAUUCGGAGGUGGAUUUGGAGGUGGUAGUGGAUUCGGAGGAGGAUUUGGUGGUGGUAAUGGAGGUGGAUACGGAGGUGGUAAUGGAGGUGGAUUCGGAGGUAGUAAUGGAGGAGGAUUCGGAGGUAGUAAUGGAGGAGGAUUCGGAGGUGGUAAUGGAGGUGGAUUCGGAGGUGGAUUCGGAGGUAGUAGCGGAGGUGGAUCAGGGGGAGGUCAAAGUUAUGAUAGUAAUGGAGGAUAUGUGUACUAAAAUGAGCCAGAGUAACGAUUUGUAUAUACAUAGUUUAAUUUAUUAAAUAGGUAUUAACAGUAUUAAAUAUGUACAUUUUUUACAAGAGAUAAAUAAAAGUUCUGGAACUAUAA